GGAAUUUUCUAUUGCAUGCUUGAAUGCUUGGUAGUCUACCAGCUAUAAGGCGAUGUGAACACCUCUUGUGCAUGUAACUCUAACUCUCCUUAUUAACACAUGUCAGCUAAGACUGGAACUUUCAAAAAUAAAAAAGUGAUUAACAGCCGAACCAACAGCCCACCCACAAUGCUAGCGUCACAUGCAGAAUGUAGAAAACCCUAACUCAAUUUCGGCGCAGACCCGCAACUCGGGUGCAAAAGCACAAAAAGACACGGUAGCCGCAAACAAAUUCUGGAUAUAUCUCCUACAACUAAGAAGAACAAAACACCCUCGAUCCCCUCCCCCUUUCCACCGUGAGCAGAGACCCCCGAAAUCUGUGUUCCGCAUCACCGCCUCUUCCUCGUGCUCGUGGAGCAAGAAGCCCAAGAGCGGCAGCAAGGGGUAGGACACCAAGGCGCUGGACCAUCCGUUGCACGUAGCAUGAGCGGCAGCAAGGAGAUCGUCGCAUGAGCCGCCAUGGCUUCUCUGGCCGACCGGCUCUCGCCCCGCCCCGCGCCGACGCCUCUCCACGAUCCCGAUCUGUGUGCCUGCCUGCAGCCUGCGUGGGAUGGAGCUGGAGGCGGCGCCGCGGCAGCAGCAGCAGCAGCUGGAGGAGGAGGUGGAGGUGGUGGGGUGCCCAUGCGGCGGCGGGUCCGAGGCCGCGGACCAGUUCGAGCGGCUCCACGACGCGGUGCUGCUCGACGUCCUCAACCGCAUCGGCGACGUCAAGGCGCUGGGCCGCUGCGCCCUCGUCUCGCGCCGCUUCCACGCGCUCGUGCCGCUCGUCAACUCCGUCUUCGUCCGCGUCGACUGCGUCAUCCCCGACGACCCGACGCCCUCCGCCGCCGCCGCCGCACCGGGCUCCCCGACGCACCAGGCCCCGGCCCCGGCCGCGCGCGGGCGCGGCGGCGCGCUCGCGCACAUGGCGCGCGUCCUGCUCGGCGGCAUCGCCAAGCCCAUCCACGCGCUCGCCCAGAUCCUCUCCCCCGCCGCGGCGGCCGUCUCCCGGCGCUCCGACCCACCACUGCCCGCUUCCCCGCCCGCACCCGUCGCGGACGUCUCCCACCACUCGCCCUCCGAGGUGCUCCGCUCCUUCAGGGAGCUGCGGCGCCUCCACAUCGAGCUGCCCACGGGCGAGCUCGGCAUUGACGACGGUGUGCUCCUUAAGUGGAAGGCCGACUUCGGCUCCACCCUCGGCAGCUGCGUCAUCCUCGGCGCCUCGUCGGUCUUGUCCAAGCCGCCCACAGGGUCGACCACCCAGGCGGAACCUGCUGCGGCCGACAGCACGGCCGCCGCUCCGGAUACCAGUAGGGAGACUGAAGAGCCGGGGAGCCUGCCUGAUUCUCUCUACACAAAUGGAGGCCUCAAGCUUCGCGUUGUCUGGACCAUCAGCUCCCUGAUUGCUGCGUCGGCGAGGCAUUACUCGCUGCACCCGAUUAUCUGUAAUCACGAAACGCUGGAGAGCUUGGACCUGACAGAUGCCGACGGCCAAGGGGUGCUCACCAUGGACAAGAGGCAGCUGCAGGAACUGCGGGUGCGGCCCGUCUCUCCGUCAGAGAGCUCGCACCGCACACUCAUGCCGGCACUCAGUAUGCGUCUGCACUAUGCACCGCUCAUUGAGCUGCCUGGGGGAACCCUGCUGAAGGGCGCGACACUGGUUGCGAUCAGACCAAGCGAGGAUGCCUUGAGCGAGGGCCAAGGGGCUGGGGCUGCAGGUCCUGUUGGUACAUGCUGGAUUUCAGAGGCCCUUGAGGAGCCAUAUCGGACUGCUGCAAAGGUGCUUCUCAAGAGAAGGGCAUAUUGCCUUGAAAUGAACUCGUUCUGAGCACCAGGGAUUCAGUUCCACAGAGUUCUACCCUUCUGACAGUACUGCAGUAUCAAAGAGGAACAAAUGUGUUUUUGUAAAGUGGAAACAUAAGAGGAUAGCCAGAAAUAGAACUUAUAAACAACAAAUGCUUAUUACAAAAAAGGAAUGUGAUAAACUUCAAUGGUGAUGCUUGGAUUUAGUUAAUCAUGGGUUAGACCGGUCAUUCCUGGAAUGGUGUAGUUCUGAAUUUAUUCAGCUGUAAAGUAUUGGUACUAUUACAUUUUAGCCAUCGUAGACUCUUAGUGA